CGAUACAGAUUUGUCAAAUAGCCCGAGCAUGGCAUGGUUGUCAGGAUAGCCGUCGGUUCAGUCAGGGAUCUAGGGUGGACAUUUUUAUCAGCCUGUAACAGAAGGUAAACCGUCAGAGGAAAGAGUAUCUCCAUCUUUUCUGAUCGUUUGAGCCGCUGUCCUCACUCUCCGAGAGCACAUUUUUACAUUUGUCAUUGCUCGGUUCGCUCACUAGUUAACGUUGCUCGUUGAAAAUGGCGGAUGUACCACCAGAGAAGAGCCUGGACGAUUUCUUUGCCAAGCGGGAUAAAAAGAAGAAGAAAGAGAAAGGAAAGGGCAAGGAGUCCGCCGCGGGGCCCACGUCUGCUGUGAUUAAAAAGACGAAGAGAGAGAAAGAAAAAUCGUCGAAAAACGACAAUCAAGACGCACAGAUCGAAAAGGAGGACGAGGAGUGGAAAGAGUUUGAGCAGAAAGAAGUGGAUUAUAGUGGACUCAGGCUUCAAGCUUUACAGAUAAGUGACGAGAAAGAGGAGGAGGAGUACGAGAAGGAGGAGGUUGGUGAGGAUGGAGAGAUCAUUCUGGUCAGCGGGGACAAAGUGUCUGGUCCCUGGAACAAGUCGGGUGCUGCUCCGCCUCCUGCUGCUGCACCUGUGGAGGAAGUAGAGGAGCCUGAGUCGAAGCCUGCUGGUGUAUAUCGCCCUCCAGGGGCUCGGCUGACCACCACCAGGAGGGCCCCCACCCAGGGGCCCCCUGAGAUCUUCAGUGACACACAGUUCCCCUCUCUACUCUCCACCGCCAAGCAUGUGGAGACACGCAAGGACAGAGAAAUGGAGAAGACCUUUGAGGUUGUGAAACACAGGAACCGUGGCAGAGAGGAGACCGGCGGCACCUCUAUGCCGCAGCACUUGCAGCUUGACAACCAGUACGCCAUCCUGGGGGAUAAGUAGAGCCGCUCCCCUCCAUCCCCUGGCCCCUUCAGCACGGUCCUGCCCAGCCCCCCGAAGGAAGCUGAACUGCAGCUGUGUUGACUGCAGUCCUGACAGAGCUCACCUUGCCACCAUCGCCACACUGGUUACUCACACACACAGCCUCAUAUAAACACACGCACUCAUACACAGCAAUUCCAUUGCAGCACACACAGUGACACUCCCUUUAAAUUCAUAGAAACACACUUUACAUACAUUGGUUGGCAAAACUGAAGGACUGCAUCUGAAGGGGCGGUCGAAAGAGGGAAUAAUUCAAAAAAAGGAAUUGGCAACAUACACCCAAACGUACAACACUGCAGCAGCAGCAACAACAACAACAACAGACGACAUAUUUGUCUUUUGUGGAUUGUGCUCAGAGCAGCAGUUGUGUGGCGCAACUUUUCUCUGGACUUCAACUUGCUUCGAUAAAGCCACAGAGGAUAACUUUAGGCGAGAUGAUUUUACAAACUUCUGUGAAAAUAUCUAUUUUUUUGCAAGAUCGUUAUAACCCAAUCACACAUGGUAUUUUGGGGUGUGUUUUUGAGUUGCGGUGGGGCUUCGGCAGUGGGGAUACUACCUCAGCAGCAUAGCUGGUGGUGACAAUGUGGACUGAGCUUUUUCUUCUUUUUUUUUUUCAACUGUGGUGGUGAACGGGGCAAACAACAGCCCUCCCCACAUACAAGCCGGCCAUCAGGCUCUUUAAUUUAGAAACUUGAAGCUAUGUUUUUUUCCCUUCAUGAUGAUGACACUGCAAAAAAUUUAUGGACAAGAAGCGAUAGGUUGUGUGGUCCUCAUUUAGAGUUUCUAUAUAAAGUGGCCUUACUGGUAGAGAGAAACUGCUUUGUCAUCUGAAGAAGACUUUGCUUGUUGUCUCACGGGCUGCUGCCGGCCUCUGGAUCUCACCACUUUGUGACAAAAUCCCCAUAUACAAACGAAAGAAAUCCUUCUGUUCAAGAAUGUAGUGCUGUUUUAGUUUGCCUGAUUAUUACAACUACUAACUGUCUUUCAUAUCCACUGUUUGAUUUUGCUGCCCCUACUUCAUUUUGGUCUUUUUAGGCAUCAGCAAAAUACAAAUUAAAGCUUAUUUCUAAUCCGAAACCAUUCUCUUUUGGUAACAAAUGCUUUAUUGUGGUUUGACACCAGAUGGUCAAAGAUGUUACAGUAUCAAGAAAAAUGACGGGAAACCACUCUAAACAGCAUAUUUGUUGAGGUUGAAUGGCCACACUUUGCAACAAAUUGUUGUAAAGUGGUUCAUUACAACAUCAGUUUUAAUAAUUCUUUUUUUUAAAUCAAAGCUUUUCCUCAUAAAUAUACAUUGUGUAGAACAGGUAGCUUGUGCAUAACUUAAUCUACAGAGUUACAGCGACUACUCGUUUGUAAAGACAAACUGUCACCAAACCAACAGAGUACUACCCACUUACAAAACAGUGGUACGCCCAGUUAAAAUCAAAUGGGUUUUUACUACAAAAAUAGUUACGUUUAGAAAGUUGAAGAAGAACUGGAUUUAUGUUCUAUGUUUCUGUCCUUUCCAUAAAAGAUGUCAGGGAGCGCUGAUCCCUCCUGGAACACUUUGGGUGGACGUAGAUAAUAUUUGUGAUGAAAAGAGAAGAGCCUAACAAAAAAAUAAAGUGAUCCUUGUGACUGAA